AUGUCACUGAACCGGAACAUCCAGAACAAGAGUGAUAUGACAGCUCUUGAUGUCUUGCGAGCCAAUGGACCUCACAUGAACACAGAAACGGAGAAGAUUAUACAAAAAGCGGGUGGAAAGAGCGCAGCUUCUCUAUCCCAAGUUGAGAAAACAUCGGUCAUCCUGAGAAAACCGGUCACUUUCAAGGAAUAUUGCUCCACGGGAAUGGCACGUUACAGAAGUGGCGUGUCAGACGGAACACGGAACGCUCUUCUAGUAAUAACGGCUCUGAUUAUCACAGCUACUUAUCAGACCGCAGCCCAACCGCAAGAAAAUGAUGAAGUUUUCUAUCUCAAAAAGAUGAUACUACAGAUUGUACUACUAUGGGGACUUAAUACUGUAGCCUUUUUAUUGGCUAUUGCCUUGACAUUUAUACUCUUACCAGUUGGUAGAGUAUAUACUCAGUGGUAUAUCGCCAUCUCCGUGCCUCUAAUGUGUUCUUAUGGAGUUUCACUGUAUCUGAAGUAUAGGCUCCCAGGGAUAUUCAAAUGCACGUAUAUGAUGGUUGCCUUCGGAUUUCUCAUAUAUCUAUUUGUAUUCUACAUGAGGUGGAAGCGGGCUACGCAGAAGAAAGUACCAAAUCCCAAAACUGAGCUGCUUUCUGGAGGCUUGAACACUAAGGUUUAG